CUUUCAGUUUCAAAUUUAUUCAGGAAAACAUGGCGUCCGUCUAAAACCUGACUGUAGAACCGAUUUGAUUAAUCAGACUGAAAACAAAGAGCUUCGUAGAAGGUUUUAAAACCUUAAAAAGUAAAAUUAAACCGGAGCUGCUCGACUGAAGGCUUCGGUUUACGUUAGGAGUCACCUCCACUGUCCGUGUGUUGUUACCGGAGUCUCUGCAGUUCAUUAUCAUGUUUGAAGAAACGGGACCAGAGUGGCUGUCCGAGGAGGUGAAAACAGGAACAACCAUUAUCGCCAUAGAGUAUGAUGGUGGGGUCGUGCUGGGGUCUGACUCCCGAGUGUCUGCUGGAGACUCGGUGGUGAACAGAGUGAUGAACAAACUGUCUCCCCUCCAUGAUAAGAUCUACUGUGCUCUGUCAGGAUCUGCAGCAGACGCUCAGACCAUCGCUGAGAUAGUCAACUAUCAGCUGGAUGUGCACAGUAUUGAGAUAGGUGAGGAUCCUCAGGUUCGCUCAGCUGCUACAUUGGUGAAGAACAUUUCAUACAAAUACAAAGAGGAGCUCUCAGCACACCUGAUUGUGGCCGGCUGGGACAGACGAGAUGGAGGGCAGGUGUUUGCAACUCUAAAAGGGCUCCUGACACGUCAGCCGUUUGCAGUCGGCGGCUCUGGCAGCUCGUAUGUUUACGGGUUUGUUGAUGCUGAGUAUCGCAGAGGCAUGAACAAGCAGGAGUGCCAGCAGUUUGUUGUCAACACUCUGUCUUUGGCAAUGAACCGUGAUGGCUCCAGCGGAGGUGUGGCCUACAUCGUCACCAUUGAUAAACACGGCACAGAGGAGAAAGUCGUUCUAGGAAAUCAGUUACCCACCUUCUUUGAUCAGUGACAUGUUUGUUGUCCUCACAGCAGCUGUGGCUCACUUCUGACAAACCUGUCAACUAAGUCAACUUGUAAUAUGUAAACACUGAACAACACUUACCAAUAAUUAA